AUGUAUUUCGCCAACAUCUCAGUCGCGGUUCUCGCGGUUCUUGUUGGUUCUGCCGUGGCAAACCCUAUUCCAGGUAACGAAAACAGAAACUCUGCAAUGUUUGGCGUGAAGGCUCCUACUCCCCAGGGUGUUGACACCGCCGAGAUCUUUGCUCGGAACGCGCCGACGCCUAAUGGUGUCGAAACUGCUGGAAUAUUUGCCCGAAAUGAAGCCCCAACCCCCAAGGGUGUAGAUACCGCCGAGAUCUUUGCUCGUAGCACCCCUACACCUAAAGGCGUUGACACUGCCGAGAUCUUCGCUCGCGAUGCUCCUACGCCUCAGGGGGUUGACACUGCGGAGAUCUUUGCUUAA